AACAAAACCAUCCACUUCCCUCCUUUCUGUGUGGCUGGUUCUCUCUCUGCUUCCUCCUCUCCCUUCAACGCCUUCGGUUUUUACUCUGCAUUCAGAUUUCAGUUAUCACCACUGGAGGUGUUAGGGGGACAGGCGUCUCUCCACAAUUUUCAUGCUUGACUUGCAUCCUUUUUUGUGCUGAUGGUUACAAGAAGAUAAAGGGAAAAGAAUCGGUUCCUGGGUUGGAGUUCUUCUUGGACUGAAUGAGCUCCCAUGCCUUUGCUAGAUAUUGCUACCUUUCAGCCUUCCUUGCAAAAUAUAGUUCAACUGAGGGCUCAAUCCCUUAUUCAUUGUAAAGCUUUACCAAAUCCAUGGAAGUCGUCGCAAUUACCUAAAUAUGUUAACAUUUCUGUGGGGUAUCCUCAUAUUCGAAGAGGUAAACUCCUUGUUGCUGCUGUUGCCACACUUGAACCCAGGUGUUCAGUUCAGCAGGAAGAUGAGAAACCUAAUAUGCAGGUUGGUGUCAGUUCAAGUCCCUCAGAAGAUCAGCAUGAGAUUUCUGGUGAGAACUCGGGGGAAGUGGAUGAGAAAGAACGGUUAAGAAGGAUGAGAAUUUCUAAAGCAAAUAAAGGGAAUACGCCUUGGAAUAAGGGCAAGAAGCACAGUCCCGAGACACUUCAGCGGAUAAGAGAGAGAACAAAGCUUGCAAUGCAGAAUCCUAAGGUCAAGAUGAAGUUGGUCAACCUUGGACAUGCUCAGAGUGAGGAGACAAGAGCGAAAAUUGGAAAGGGAGUACGGAUGGGGUGGGAGAAACGUAAGGAGAAGCUAAUGGUGCAGGAAACUUGUUGCUUUGAGUGGCAGAACUUGAUUGCAGCGGCUGCUAGAAGAGGUUAUAUUGGGGAAGAAGAGCUACAAUGGGAUUCUUAUGAGAUCUUGGAUGAACAACUAAAGCAGGAGUGGUUGGAAAGCGUCGAACAAAGAAAAGCUAUGCCUAGACCAAAAGGUAGCAAGAGAGCACCAAAGUCUGCUGAGCAAAGAAGGAAAAUUGCCGAGGCAAUUGCUGCCAAAUGGGCUGACCCAGCAUACCGUAACAGAGUUUGUGCUGGUUUGGCAAAAUAUCAUGGAACACCUGCUGGAGCUGAAAGAAAGCCACGGAGAAGGCCAAGUGAAGCUACAGAAUCCACAAGGAACAACAGCAAAAAGAAAAAUACUAGUGAUGUUAGAAGUUCUUCCAGGGUUGAAAGUAAAAGGCAAAUUCAGCAUUUGAGGCGGAGACGCAAUGGACCCUCAUAUAAGGAUCCUUUGGCAAAUUCGAAAUUAGAGAUGAUAAAGAACAUCAGAUCAGAAAGAACAGCUGCAGAAACCAAGAAACUUGAAGCCAUUGAACGAGCAAGGCUGUUAAUUACUGAAGCCCAGAAAGCUGCAAAGUCUCUUGAACUUGCUGCAAUGAAGAGUCCUAUUGCUCAGACAUCCCUCAUGGAAACCAGAAAGCUUAUAGAUGAGGCAAUCCAAUCAAUAGAGUCAAUAGAAAAUGGGCAGAUCACAUCCUAUGUGAAUGGAGAAUACCCUUCCACAGCCUCAGCUGAUCUGGUUAGCCAGGUUCAGAAAGAAACAGGAGUAGAUAAAAGAGAUUCCGACGAGGGAGACCAUAGAGAGGUGAACGGGAGCCAAAUCCUUUCACUAAAUGAAAUCGAGGGUUUGGAUUUUACUAAUUUAACCUUGCAGGGUAUGGUGAACGGUGAGAAGGAACUUUCUCCUCGAGGCUCUAGUUAUGGUUUAUCGACAUUUAACUUAGAUGAUAUGAUAGUGCAGUCUGCUUCUGCAAAGAAACUUGGUCAAUUGGAACCAUAUGGAAAUAUUAACCCCGAAAAGAGUCCUCUACUUAAUGGAGCCAAGGUUCGUCAAUUGGAAACAAAUGGAAAUACCAAAUGUGUGAACGAUCCUCUUCCAAAUGGUGCCAAACUUCAACUGAUGGAAGGAGAGAGGCCAUUGACAAUAACGAGGAAAUGGGUUCGUGGGAGACUUGUCGAAGUAACAGAAGGAGCUUAGGAUAUGUUCAGAAAACAUAGUUGAUUUUAUGUAACUUCCAUGUUAGCCUCCAGAAGCUGCUGAACCAGAAGGCAUUAGGUAAUUACCUGGCAUAUUUUGAUUCAAGAGGGUGUUGAUUGCAGUUCUCCCAUAGGGUUCAUUUUUUUUUUAUAUAUGUAGUUUAGCUAUAUUUCAUGAAUGUGUAGCAUGUAACCAUGGAGAAGAAAUAGCAUCUGUUACUGAUGAAAAUUUUGGUUAAUACUGCCAUACUUGGAGCAAAACUAGUGUUGAUAAGCCAUUGUAUUUAUUACUUUAUUGAGCAUGGGAUGUAGAUCUCCAUUAGUGA